AUGCCCCGCGCGACACCACGCGCCGCCCCGUACCCCUCUCACUCUCCCGUGCCCAUUCCCCUCCUCUCCAUCGCUCUCUCGCGCGACGCCCGAGCACCACUGUCGCCGCUGCACGCCGUUGCCGCGCCCACCGCCGCGGCCUCGCCUCUCCGACAAGUCCAACAAUUCCGCGCCGUCGUCCUCGUCCUCUCCGUCAAUCCACCCGUCGCCGGAUGCCCCGUGGAGCCGUCACCGCCGUCAUUUUCAUCAUCGGCCGCCGGAGAUCGCCACCGGUCCCGUCGCCUCCAAGCCGUCCCCAAGCGCGCUGAGAUCACCGACGGCCUUGCCGUGAGCUCCUCUACUGAACACCUCUUCUCACCCUCGUUUUUGCGCGCUCCAGCUCCGUUCCCCCGCCAUGGCCGUAGCUCCUUGCCACCGAUCAUGGCGCCACGGUGGCCAGAGCCCGAGCCAGCCGCUCCCGCGCGUGUCACCGUGCUCCUGGUGACGCCAGGAGGCCGUAGAGGCCCUCCGCAGCCCUGCCGUGCACCGCAGCGCUGCGCCCGCACGCCACCGAACCCCGGCCGCCGCCCCGAGCUCCGCUCCGGCGAGGUCCGGCCACCCCCGCAGCCUCCCGCUUGCUCAAAAUGA